AUGGCCGAGCGGCAGGCGGGCCCGGCGUCCGGGGACUGGGAGAUCGACGUGGAGAGCCUGGAGCUGGAGGAGGAGGGCGGCGGGGCUCCGCCGGCCGCCGGGGACGGAGAAGACGACGAGGAGGACGAAGAAGACGACGACGGCGACGCGGAGGAGGAGGGCGACGGCGAGGCUGCUGCAGGCUUGUGCCCAGGGGCACCGCGAGGGCCUGAGCUGCAGGGGGGACGGCCCAGGCUGCCUUCUGCGCCGCAGGCCCCGCGUGUCCCGGCCGGGCCCCCGGAGCGCUGCUCCACCGCUGAGCCGCGGAAGCUGAGCCGCACGCCCAAGUGCGCGCGCUGUCGCAACCACGGCGUGGUGUCCUGUCUGAAGGGCCACAAGCGCUUUUGCCGCUGGCGCGAUUGCCAGUGCGCCAACUGCCUGCUGGUGGUGGAGCGGCAGCGCGUCAUGGCCGCCCAGGUGGCGCUCCGGAGGCAGCAGGCCACCGAGGACAAGAAGGGACUCUCUGGGAAACAGAAUAAUUUCGAGCGCAAAGCCGUGUACCAGAGACAAGUCAGGGCGCCCAGUUUACUGGCCAAAAGCAUUCUAGAAGGGUACCGCCCCAUUCCUGCGGAGACUUACUUAGGAGGGACCUCGACUCUACCUCCCCCUGUAAGUGACAGGAUGAGGAAAAGACGGGCUUUUGCUGAUAAAGAGCUGGAGAACAUCAUGUUGGAGAGAGAAUACAAAGAGAGGGAGAUGCUGGAAGCUUCCCAAACUGCUGCUUUGUUCCUGCCCAACCGCUUGGUACAUGGUCCUGAAUAUAACUCCUACAAAAACGCCUACACCCCCAACCCCAUGGAGCCCCCAAGCAAAGACUUUUGCAACUUCUUGCCCACCUGCCUUGAUCUAACCAUGCAGUAUUCUGGGUCUGGGAACAUGGAAGUCAUUUCUUCCAAUGUCAGUGUGGCCACGACUUACAGACAAUACCCCGUGUCCUCCAGAUUUUUAGUUUGGCCCAAGUGUGGCCCCAUUAGUGACAGUCUCCUCUAUCAGCAAUGCCUGCUGAACGCCACCACCUCAGUGCAAUCCCUGAGACCUGGGGUGGGCUGGGACCCAAAGGGAACACGCCUCCCAGAUGCUCUCGGCACUGAACAUGACAUGAUGUCCGCCAAAAUGGCAGGGCCCCUGCUGCCCCCCAUGCCCGAGGUCCCUGCCACGAGAAAUGACCCGCAGGGCCACCAGGCAGCACCCGAGAGGUCCGCGUUCUCCCCACCCCGAGGGAAUUUCUCUCCCGUGGUUGACACAGACUCCCUGGCUGCUCCAGGGCCUGUCUUAACGAAGAUCAGCAAAGAAAGCGGCAGGCACCCUCUGCCACUUAAACAUAAUCCUUUCCACUCAUUGUUCCAGCAAACGCUUCAUGACAAAUCAGGGCCUGAGUCAAAAACACCAUUUGUCAAGGAAGUCUUGGAGGAGGUCCCUAAGAAGCAUCGAGAGUGUUCAGUCAAGGAGAACCAGAAGUACACGUUUACAAUAGACAGAUGUGUCAAAGACCUUUUCGUAGCCAAGCAAGUUGGAACAAAACUCUCCGUGAAUGAACCAUUGUCAUUUUCUGUUGAGUCUAUUCUGAAGAGGCCUCCCUCAGCCAUUACUCACGUCUCCCAGUGA